AUGUUCGGGCCUGUGAUGUGGACCGCCAUUAAUGCCGCUCGGAGUGACCGAGACAGACGGUCAUCCACGAGGAAGAUCGUCCAGGAGGCCCUCCAGUCAAACCGAUCGGAUCUUUCUUUGUUCUUGCUGAGUCAGGGUGCUUUAGAUCUGGCCAGUGACUCCGCUAUGCUGCCAGAACUCCCAGGAGCUGAAAUCCCAUCCUUUUCUCCAACGCUGCUGGACGGCGAUGGGGGUGGGGAAAAACUGCAGUCCUUUACAUUAGCUCGGCGUCCGAGGAUGCUGACUAAUGAGGGCGGCAAUCGCAACAAGAUUCCAGCUGGAGGGUGCAGGGCCUUUCUCUCUGGUUUACACUUGCCUAGCGGU